AUGGUAUCUGGUGGUGGGAAGGGGCUAAAAGUGCUUGAUUCUUCCUCAAAAAUUCCAUCAGGCCUCUUGAUGGGCAAUUUUAUUGAACUUGGAAUGUAUGACGAGUGCAUGUCGGUGCAUGUGCAAAAAAAUGGAUCAAAAAUUGUAGUUAUCGCCUGUGCUCUUUUUCUUUUGUUGCUAAUUUUCAUGAUCAUCGAUCUGCUCAAGGAAAUAAAAGCUUUUAAAUGUGAUUUGCCACAAGCAGUAUGCGAGUUAUCUUUAUACAAAAAUAUUCGUGGCAUUCUGAGCUUAAAAGAUAGUCCAGGUUCUAUUUCUGCUUUACAUGGUUUGCGAACUAUUAGCAUGGCCAGUGUCAUUUUAGGACAUGGUAUUCUAUUAAGAGCCAUGAGUUUACAUAGCCCUCCAGUCACUGUCGACCCCCCGCUUAAACCAGAGGAGCUCGAAGCAUUUAAGAGGGAUGUCCACAAAGUCCAGCAUCUACUGAAUGAAGAAACGACGAACAUGAAUAUCUUCAAGGCGCUGCACAAAGCCCUCAGAACGCCUAAGGAGGAAUACCCACCUAUUACUGUCGAAAAGUUUCCUUUAUUCAUAAAUAUUAUAACGGCAUUAGUAAUGUAUGGAGUGGAUACAUUUCUUACUAUUAGUGGAUUUUUAUUGUCAUAUUCGUUUUUGAAGAAAUAUGCACCAUCACAAGGAGAAUUGAAUUUGUACAUCUACUACUUACAUCGUUACAUCAGAUUAACAGCAGCGAUAAUUGCUGCUCUUUUGGCAUCAAUCUACUUAGUACCAUUUAUGGGCUCAGGACCUAAAUGGAGGAAAGUGCUGAGAGACAUGACAACAGAUUCAUGUCAACAAAAGUGGUGGACAAUUUUUUUAUAUAUAGAUAAUUUUGUUGAUCCAGAAAACAAUUGCAUGCCAUAUUUGUGGUCCACAGCUGUAGAUAUGCAUUUUUUCUGGAUAUCUCCACUUAUUUUAUAUCCACUUGGUAAAAAACCUAAACUAGGAUUAUUCAUUUUGGGUUUAUUGCUGGUCGCUUCACUUGCUCUACCUGCAGCCGAGUACAAGUGUUUCGUAACCAAAUUUUUAUCUCUUCCGGUCUUCUUUCCUCUAAGCAGAUUGUCUUAUUGUCUAUACCUUAUACACAUAUUUUUACAAAUAUUAAACACUCAGACCUUCCUUGGUUUUCUCGAAGAUAUGUUUUUGUCUUUGAUCGUCGCCACAUUCUUCUGUAUUAUAUUUGAAAUACCAGUUCGAACUUUGGAAAGACUUGUUUUAAAUCCAUCUGCUACAAAUCGCAACGCAGAACGGAAUCUUGAUAAAAAAAAGCGAAGAAACAGCAUCAUAUAA